UGGUUCUCUAAAACCUCAUGCAUUUCUCAAGUAUCAUAGCGACAAAAACCCCUCCGUUGAUUAGAUCAUUUUCUAAACAAUCAAAGUUGAGCAAAAUUGGCUCUCAGGUGACUCCUUUUGAUAGGAAGGGCCGCAAUCGCCGAAAUCGCGAAGCGAAGCUCAUUAAAAGCUUUCAAAAUUUCAUCCUCUAAAUUUCUCUGAGUUCCUCUCACUUUCCAAACACAGCGCUGGUCGUUGUAGUUGAAUACGCCUUGCUUAUCGGAAACAUCAGAUCCGACAUACAUUUUUUAUCUUUGUGCUCGUCGAAACAUCGAUGCAGUCUCGUCUUUCUGGCAUGAGCUUGUAUCUCAAACUUUGCUUCAUCGUCAUCCUUUCUGUCGCAUACGUUGUUGCGCUACCUGUUUCCGGCUCAGUAAUUCAUGGACUUGUCCCCCGAGAUGUUCUGGCUGGCCCGGUCAAUCGCCACAACAAUUCGGGUGAUCCCGAUAUCCCCUGGAAAAUCUAUAUCACCUUCUUGGUCCCUUCAAAAGAGACCGAGCCAGUCCGCACAAUCUUAAGCCACCAAGCGGAAAUAGAAAGUCGAAUCAAAAGUCGAAUCAAUGAAAACAGCGACAUCACCACAAGCUACGAGACGUCCGUAGUACCCCAACUUGAACAUCUUCUACGCGGAAAAAGUUAUGAGGGUGACGUCGGUCUCAAACUUGCGUGGUUUGGUCCGAAAGAUGAUUUCGUGUCCAAAGGGGAGAUUACUGUGAAUGGCAAACUCGGUAUAAAUGUGAAAUUUUCCUUGCCCCGGAUCCCAGUAGAGGCAAGAUUUACCGUGCCAGUGUAGCACCCUCAAAAAUGGCCUAGAGGUUGAUGAGGGAGGGAGGAUGUUUGAAAUGCUCUACGUUGUGCAUGUUGUAUUUGGGUUUUGCAAAGUGACUCUUUUGAACUCCUGCAUAGUAUUUAGUCGAUGAGUGCGAUUAU